CGGCCCGGCCCGGCCCGCCAGGCCCCGAGGUGACGGCGGGCAGAGCCGGCCGGUCCUGGGGUCAGGGGUCGGGGGGCUAUGCCCGCGCUUGCCCGCGGCUGAGAAGGAGGGAGGGGGAGGCCUCCAGCCUGCCUGCCUGCCUGCCAGCCUGCCUGCCAGCCUGCCUGCCAGGCUGCCACCCCCGGCCCGGCUCGGCCCGGCCCGGCCCGGCAUGCCACCAUGGACUGCAGGACCAAGGAAAACCCAGAAAGGACCUUUGAUUUGGUGUUGAAGGUGAAGUGCCAUGCUUCAGAGAAUGAAGAUCCUGUGGUAUUGUGGAAGUUCCCAGAGGACUUUGGAGACCAGGAAGUGCUUCAGAGCGUGCCAAAGUUCUGUUUCCCCUUCGACAUAGAAAGGGUGUCCCAAAACCAAGUUGGCCAGCACUUUACCUUUGUGCUCACUGACAUUGAAAGUAAGCAGAGAUUUGGAUUCUGUCGAUUAACAUCAGGAGGCAAAAUUUGCCUGUGUAUCCUAAGUUACUUGCCAUGGUUUGAAGUGUACUAUAAACUGUUAAAUACUCUGGCAGAUUACUUGGUUAAAGAGCAGGAAAAUGACUUGAAUGAUAUGUUGAAAUCGCUGUAUGAGCAUGCUGUUCCAAAGGCAAACACUCCUGUUAGUUUAAGUGUGAACCAAGAGAUAUUUAUUGCCAGUGAGCAAGUUCUCAAAGAACAGCCUGCCGUAGUACCGCAUUCAUACUUCAUCACUCCUGAUUUAACUGGAUUGCCGACAAUACCUGAAAGUAGAAAUCUCACAGAGUAUUUUGUUGCUGUGGAUGUGAGCAACAUGCUGCAGGUUUAUGCCAGCAUGCUACACGAACGGCGCAUCAUCGUUACCUCGAACAAACUAAGCACUUUAACGGCUUGUCUUCAUGGAUCCGUUGCACUGCUCUACCCAAUGUAUUGGCAGCACAUAUACAUCCCCGUGCUGCCUCCGCACGUACUGGACUACUGCUGUGCCCCAAUGCCUUACCUGAUUGGUGUUCAUUUGAGCCUCAUGGAGAGGGUGAAAAAUAAGUCUCUGGAAGAUGUGGUUGUGCUGAAUGUUGACACAAACACUUUGGAAACACCAUUUAAUGACUUGGACGACUUACCCAGUGAAGUGGUCUCGACCUUGAAAAGUAAACUGAAGAAGCAGUCGACAGCCACUGGCGACGGAGUGGCCCGGGCUUUCCUGAGGGCCCAGGCGGCUCUCUUCGGCUCCUACAGAGAUGCCCUGAGAUACAAACCCGGGGAGCCCAUCACAUUCUGUGAAGAUAGUUUCGUCAAGCACCGUUCCAGCCCGACCAAGCAGUUCUUGGAAACAGCCGUGAAUCUUCAACUUUUCAAACAGUUCAUUGACGGUCGACUGGCAAAACUAAAUGCGGGAAGGGGCUUCUCGGAUGUGUUUGAAGAAGAAAUCACUUCUGGUGGCUUCUGUGGAGGAAACUCGAGGUCUUAUCAGCAGUGGAUGCACACAGUCAAGAAAGGAGGUGCAUUAAUCAACACGGCAAUGACCAAGGCAACACCAGCUGUCCGAACAGCAUACAAAUUUGCGAAAAACCAAGCUAAACAGGGAAUAAAGGAAGUGAAGAGUAAGCUAAAACAUAAGGAAAAUGAGGAAGAUUAUGGGACGUGCUCUGGGUCGGUCCAGUAUACUCCCGUCUACACAUUACAUGGUGAAAGGAGCGAAAACCCAGAGAAGCGCAGGCUGGCACAGACACGUUUGAAAAGGCCAUUAGGCGAUUACGAGAGUGCACAGGACAAUGAUGACGAUGACAUAGAGAGAGCCAGCAAGUUAUCUUCAGAAGACAGUGAGGAAGUGUCUGCUUAUUUUUAUGAGAGCGAUGAUUCCGUCGAAAGAGUUACAACUCGUGGCCCUGGUGAAAUGGACUUGCUAGGAGAAAUCCUUGAUUCUUUGAGUACACACAGCUCAGAUCAAGGAAAACUAUCAGCAGCAAAGAGCCUGGAUUUUUUUAGAUCUAUGGACGAUAUUGACUUCAAGCCUACGAACCAAUCCGGUGCUCCCAGUGAGCGCAGCUUGGCUCUCUGCAGCAGUUCAAGCGAUCCAGCGGAAUGGAACCUGGGCCAAGACGACAGCGUCGUACACGGCAAACACCUUCCACCAUUGCUCAGGAAGCACCAAUCGUCUAGUGGCUUUUCAGAGUCCCUGUCCAUGCUCAAAGAGGUGAACAGCGAAAAACACCUCAGUGCGGACAACGUGCACUUAGCUACAGCGGCGAGCGAUCCAGCUUCUCCCGCAAAAUUGGGCUUCGAGCCCGAUGCUCUGAAAAGCCCCCAGACAAAGAACUCCACCCAAGGAAAGGAGGCCAAAGAGAAUGAAACACUAAGCCAGACCUCCGACGACCAGUUUGGGCUGAACGCUGGACGUCGCCCGGCUACUCUAGUUCCUUGGGAAAAAGAGGAGAAUGAAGUAAAACCUCCGGGGCAGAGCGGACUGCUUCACGAAGUCGUGUCAUUGUGUCAGAUGUCCUCCGCUUUCCAUCACGGUUUAAACAUUUCGGAGGAUAACGGUAGUGAAAGUCAAUCUUAAACUGUCUAGCCGAGGAGAGACACCUAUAUUUGGUUAAUCACGUUAGCCCAAAACCACGGGAGGGCUGACAGGUUUGAGGAUUUUCAAAUGUUUUUUUGUUUGGUUGCCACGUUGCCCAUUGAUUCGUUUGCUCCAAAUCUCAAAGAUCAAGCGUACUCUGCUAACGUGCUCUUAAAUCAGGCCCGCAUCUGUCCGUAUGCUUAAUCUACUCGUCGAGCGUAGUAUCCUACCUAUUGUCCUGCUUAAUUCCAGCUGUCGUCCUGGUCCAGGGGAAAGCCUAUGAUCACCAUUUCAGAUCUUUAUCCAUUGGGUUGGGCGUGACCUGAGCAAUAUAUUAAAAGUCGCCCGAAACCAUUACAAAUGCUGACAGCCAAUUGCCUUAAUCUUAAACACCCUGCAAAAUUCUUGGGGAACGUAUAGGACAAGGUGUAAAUAUUUUGGAGGACGAAUCAUUCAUGUUCAAAUGAGCAAUAAUGGCUUGUUGGGCACUGAGUUAAGGGAAGAAUUGAAAUGUAAAAAAACCCUACUGGAGAUCUUUUAGCUCACUUAGAGAAAGACACUGGCAAAGUCUUCCGAUGCCCAAAACGGUACAGUUUACCUUCCACUCAGAUGAAGUAUAUGAAGUGCUGAAUUAUAAUGUGAAGUUAAUGGACUUCUGUUUACAGAUGAGUCACUUUAAACUGUUUUCCCACGUAGGUCUCUGUUGUCUAGGAAUCGUGAUCUUGUCGAAUGCAUUUUAAAACUGAAAACAGUAGCCCCUAACAUGGCUCCUGCCGUCCACCGUCAUGCCCGUCUUAAGUUCUGAAAAUUGUCUUUCAAAAGAUGUUGAUUUGCUCUGGGAGUUUUGAUUAGGUUUCCUUAGAGUAGACUUUUGAAAUAAAGUUAGAAUUUUUUAAUGAAGUAAUUAUUGUGAAGGUAACCAAAUUCACAAAAUUCCAAGCUUAGCCACAAAGACGCGUAGGAAGUAUCAAGGAAUAAUCACUCUGAUGACUCCAGUAGUACUGUAUUUGAGAGAUCAUUCAAAGAAUACUCACCUUAGGUAAUAACAUUUCCAUUAUUCUGUUAUCUUGGCAAUUGAGUCAAUUUGAAAAACAACAUUUUUUUGAACUGCCAAAGAAGCAACCCUUUCUUCGAUGCCAUCGUUAGUCUAUAUGUGCAUAUCAAAUGCACAGCUGCAUUUUUAUAUAUAUAUAUAUAUAUAUGUGUGUAUGCAGGUGUGUGUAUAUUUGGGUGUACAUAUAUGUGUGUAUACAUGUAUAUAUAUAUACACACACGUACAUAUAUAUAGAUAGAUAUAUACACACACACAUAUCUCCAUACCUCUAUGGCAGAUACGUAUGAAAGCAGGAAGAGACCGGCUUGUUUCCCCAUAUUUCUACUUAUCCUAUCACAUUUGCCUACUUUCAAUGUAAAAAAUUAAGUAAUUAUUUAAAUGGAUUAUUUUUAUAUCUUUAUUAUGCCUUACUACUAACAAACUAGAAUUGAUUACAUUUGAAGUUACUCUUAUGUGUCAGGAGUGAGGAGAAAACUGCAUGCAAUAUUACUUUGUAAUGAAGAAAAUAUGAUUUAGACUUCCAGUGAUUAUCUUGCUGUUUGACACACAAUUGGAAUUUGAGGCUCUUUUCAAAUUUUACCGUUACGUGCUUCAAUCCAAAUGCCUUUGGAAGGGGCCAGUACAAUUUUGGGGGAAUUUUCAUAAUAUUUAAAAGAAAUAAUCCGUGUUUGCCUAAAUGAGCUUCAUAGUACAACUAGAAGUCACUUCUUCUUUCCCACCUAGCCAUCUCUUUCGAUUUGUUAGGUAUGCUAAUAGGAGGGAGUCUUAAUUAAUGGAACUUUAGGAGCUCACAUUCUCUGCAGUUUGGAAAUAUCUCAAAGGUGGUAUAAACUAUGCUUCUUAGCCCUGCUAAUAUAAGUACCUUCCCAGUUGUUUUCGUAGUUCGGAAGACGUUCUCAUAUGGUGUUAUCCUUUUUGAGGGUAUUUUUUCUGACAUAAAUGUAUAUCUUGACUGUUUAAUUGAACUGAAUUUAAGGUACGCUCUUAGGAUUUGUAGAACACCAAACCUCUUUUCCCAAUCUAAGGUAUUUGAAAGGCUAAUACUCGUGCCUUAUCUAAACACAUAAAAUUGUCUGGGAUUUUCUGAAUAGCAAAUGUUGCCAUUGCCAUAAUAUUCUAAAGAAUAGCAAUACUGGUACCUCAGUAUAUUGGAUCAGUUUUCAGAAUCUGUCCUUAGACCUUCCUUCUGAUGAUUAUAAUGAGAAAGUUCAGAAAGUAUAAAUGUGAAGCUAUGUAUGUGUUCAUUUUCCACAUUCAUUCCUCAUGAUGCCAAUCAAACGUCUCCUGCUUUCUAUUUAGGGAAUAUUCUUCUCAGGACAACCGCCCAUUGUUUUCAGAAUAAAUUGGGGCUUCAUAACCCAGUAACAUUUUGUUCUUGAUUUUCAACCUUUAUGAAUGAGUGUUGUUCAUUCCUCGACAUCUAAGGCAAAAUCAAUCAAUCAAUCAUGGUAUUAAUUGAGCACUUACUGUGUACUAAGCGCUUGGGAGAGUACAACUAUAACACGGUUGGUAGCCACGCUCCCUGCCCACAAGGAACUUGCAGUCUGAUGCAAAAGGGCAAGAAUUAUGCACUGAACUGCCCUCCACAUCAUUUGUCUCAAGCGGUUAGUACAGUACACUGCGCCCGAGUGCUCAAUAAAUAUCAUUUCUAACAUAUUUAGAAAAGUAACAGAGACCGAGACAGACAGGUGUGUGAAUUGGGAAACAGACAUUUGUGUAAAAUUAAUAAGUCUCCAUAAGCACUUCUUUAAACCCCCGUUUCGGGCUGGUUUAAAGCCAUCAACCCGAUCUUUUAUUGUAGAAGAAGGAACUUGUAACUGUGAGACCCUUGGAUGCCAAUGACAGGAAGAAUUGUUCCCACUUGAAGGCUAUUUGGCUCCCCAACAGAGUCAAGUGGUGCAGUGGGGUGGGAGGUGAUUUGAAGCCUGGUCUUACAAGGCAGGUUGGUUCGAGACCCCCAUACCCUCCCCGCACCACGAUCUCCAUGCGUCCGUCGAGCCCAUCCACUGCUCCCGCUCUUUCUCUGCUCGUUGGAAUGUUUGCCACUGGAGGCAGGAUCCUCGUGCUAGGUGAGCAGGGCUCAGGAGGACAAGGGAGAAUGGAAAUUGUGCUUAUUCUGAACACCUGACUUUGCUCUGUAGAACCUCUGCUCUUUCAAAUAAGGCUGACCUGCUUUCUAGAAAGAUGGGCCUCUCCAAAGGAGCCACCCUGACUACCUUCCAUCUUUCCCCCCAUGGAAACAUCCCGAGGUGAGGCUCCAAGGUGAGGCUACAGGAAAUCUCAACUUAAUUCCCAGUCGGAGAGUAUGAAAUGUACCUUCCAAGUUGGCCUCCCCCUGGAAAAAAACAAACAAACUUCUAAAUCAGGAAAUGCUUUCAUCCUUCUCCGUAUUGAUACCUUUCCUGAUUAGAUUCUAGUAACAGUGUUACCGACCCCCUAAUGUUUCUUGGAUGAGCAAAAAAAUUUAACAUUUUGAUCCAGGCAAAAUUAGAGAUCUUUUUAUUUGGAUAGUAAGGGAAGGAUAUUAGGUUUCAAGAUUCAUAGGAGGUGUGCAAUAUUCUUUGUAAAGUAAUUUAGUUAAUGCAAAUCACACGUCUGCUUUUGGAGCGGAUGCUUAAGGUCAAGUUUUUCGGAACUGUGUAAAAUUGCAUGUAGCAUUGUUCUGUUGUGAUUGUAGAAGAGUUGUAUGCUGUAUAUUGUUGGUACAUAUUGUUUUUUGUUUAUUUAAGAUAAAUAUGGAUGUCACUAGUCGCAUCUUAACUAACAGCCUCAGGAUCAAUAAAUAUGCAAUAAGAAAAUGCUGUUUCUAAGUGAAUACAGAUCCCAUUUCUUUAAAAGUACUGUACAUAAUGGAAAAUGCAUCUCUGCAUGUACAUCUAGUUUUCUGAUUUCUGCGUGGAUCAGUUGUUUCUUGAAAAAAGAAUGUUCUUCUUCACCCCAUCAAGUUAGUGAACAUUUUUGUGGUGCUGAGCACACAUUCAGAUUGUGACAUCCUUUCUUUUCGUGAUCAACCUUUGAUGAGAUUGAGGGCAUUUCAGAUACCUUUUGAUUCUCUGUAAAUUAAUUUGUUGGAUUUUUUUGUGUAUUGAUGUACAGUUUGUUUAUCUUUAGAGCUUCUAUAGAUUCCUAUUUUACUAUACUUGAAUGAGGCUAAAGAGCACUGUGGAACAGCUCAAGGUUGAAUGCAAUAUGCAAACAUUCAAAAAAGAAAAAUCAGGUACUUUAUAGGUCACUUGAUCUUUAUAUGUUUCUCCAGUGUUUUGUAACCAGAAGAUGAGUGCAGAAGUCUUCCACGUGUUAACUGACAUCAUUAAUCAUUGAGCGGCAUAUCAAACAAGAGAGUCGAAAGGUCUUGAAGAACUGAACUGCUGGAAAUAAUGAACCGAAUUUGGGGACGAGGUUCAAAUCGCUCCGUCGCCGUGACCCAAGCAGAGUCUUAAGCAGAAAAUCUAUGUUCACUUCAGCUCCUAGAUGGUCGGUACGAGACAAGAAGCCAACCCUUCGGCCUAACGUUAUAAUUUUGUACCGAUAAGACACACACUCUGUGCAAAGCCUGAAGCGUGGGGGCCCAGGCCUGCCACGGGAAAGGGCCGGGGAGAGGGGGGAGUCUGUCAGGGCCCGGAGGCAGAAGUGACAUUCCCAUCUUUAGGUCUCCUCUGACUUCCAGCUGGCAACUGGAAACAGCCAAACAUGGGAUGCUCUCCCCGCCCAAGAAUUUCCAAAUCUCAGCCAUGGACAGAGAUGAUGUCGGGUGACCUCCCUCCCUUCCACCACCCUCCCUCUCUCCCCCCGCCUCGAGGUCCCUCUGUGGGCAGCAGGCUUUGACUCCUCGGCUUUGAUUCGCACUCCAGUUGAAAGUUUUCUUUUCCUGAAUUGAGUUCCCGUGCUCCUGCACCCUUUCAAAGGCAAUAAUGGUUUCAAAGCCCGAGCGUAAUAGCAUGAGUCACAGAGCUUUACAAAGCAAACUUUCAUCGUAGUACGUGCAUGGUAUUGGUACAAAAUUAUAACUUUUCUAGAACUUUGUCCCAAUCGAUUUGGGAGAAGUGAUUUUCCAAUAGGCGCUUUGUUAAGAACCAGUCUAGGUCUCCUAAAGAACAAUUAUAAAGACCUGAAAUUUCUUCAAGGCCUUUGUGAGAUGCUUUUCUUGGAUUGAUCUUUAAUAUUUGCAAAACUAGGCUGUUGAAAACCUGUUCACUAACUGCUGUAAGUCAUUAAUCUCAAACAUAUAUGAACACGUGCACUGAGGGUUGAGAGCUCAUUCGAUGCUGCUGUGAGGCCUCCAGACUUGCCGAAGAAAACCAUCUCCCAUUUUGCAGCCAGACGUUUGACUGCUCCUGGAAGCACUCUGUAUUAUCAACUGCUUUUUCAAUGAAGAUGUACAUGUGAAUUUUAGGGGUCGUUCCACAUUGCCAUAAAAUGUCCCCACACUGUGAUACAAAAUAAAACUUUCUAAAACCCAA